AUGUCUGAACACCACUCAAAUGAGGAAGGCCUUUUGAAAUUCAGCAAGAAUACAGACCCUCGCUUGACUCUUCCGGGCUUCGGUCGACCACUGGACUAUGCACCUCAAGAGCAGAACAUCUAUGGUGUGAAGAGCCGGAGCAUGUUUCCUUCUGCUCUGGAUGACCGUGACAUCGCCUAUGGAUACACCGAGUCAGUCCUUCUAGACAUCGCUCGGACUCUGCUAACCUGGCUCAGGCUGCCUGUCCUGACUCUUCGAGAGAUAGAGAUGCUCAAAAUCAUGGAGAAUAUCACUGACAUUCCCCAAUGGUGGAAGAAAAUCCACGAGCCUGGAACUUCAGCGCAGUGGAAAAAGUUGGCCUUGAACAGUGGUACAGACAUCACGAAGAACAUGGCCAACUGGAUCAUCGAGGAGCUGAAGUAUAAAGCUAUGAUAUAUGAAAUUAGCAGCGCAGUCACCCUGUACAAUGGAGAUGUCACUAAAUCUGACAGCAACGUGCCUGACGACAUUAUGAAAGAACUGAGGCGAACGACCAAAAUCUUGGAGUAUGAGGAAGAAGAGCUGCACUUCUAUCACCCAGGCAGCAUGAGCAAACAACGCGAUCUACUCCCGAUGGCUUUAUAUCCCCUCAUCUACGGCAAGAGCCGUAUCCUCACGGACCGCGUUAUUCGUCUUGAUGAAGCAUUACGCUACGCUGGCCAGGGUGAAGUGAUCCCAGUCCCCAAAGAGAGCGGAGUCACCAGAGAGGACCUUGCAUGGCGUGUGGCUGCUCGAGCCGACAUCACAGUAAAACCGUACAGCCGGUUGUUCCAAAUCCUCCCGUCGGACUGGGAAUUAGGAGAUGAGGGACUGUGGCAUAUUGCAACUUACAUCAACAACCUCCAUCCAGUGAAGUGCAAGGAUACCUACAAGGUCAUUGAGGAUACUUUCAACUGUUUGGUUCCGCAAUUCAAUAUGUCCAUGACGCCGCUGAGAGAUAUGCUUCAUUCUCGUGCACGCAUCGAAUACCACAAAGCCGAGUACUAUCAUGUUUCGAAAGAGGUGGCCGACACGGAGCCAAAGAUCCAGUUAACGGAGGCACAGAGCGAAUUCGAUGAGCGGGACGAGAAAUGGAGGAUGGAGAAAUGUAUCGCAGUCCAACCUGAUGCCGGCGAAUUCGUGCCGUGGGCUGUGCCUCAAUGCCUCAUGACCAAACUGCCGGAAGAUCUGCCCAGCGCUGUGCGCAUUGAGCGACCUGUCAAUCUCAGCAAGGACUACAAAGAGCGCGGGCUACAGGUGAUUACUCGAUUGAUGGGUCUUGACUUGACUCCAGAGGAUCCAAUCUACCAAACCGACUGGCACGUCGAGGCCUUCGUGCACUUUGACGUCGACAACAUAAAAGACGCAAGCAUGGAAUUUCGCAACAUCAUCGACACGGGUGCACUCGAAGAAGUCGAGCACGGGUCUAACGACUUCGUCUGGCUGAAACAGGUCUUCGGCCUUGAAAACGGCGAACCAGCCAUUCAACAAGUUGGCUCCAUCAAAUGUCCCGUCGGUCGAACCGUGAUCUUUACCAGUAUGGUGCAGCACAGGUACACGGGAUUCGAGCUACUGGAUCCGACCAAGCCAGGCCAUUUACGCGCACUAGUGUUUUACCUGGUAGACCCGAAUAUCCGGAUUAUUUCAACAGCGAACAUUCCGCCUCAGAGACUGGACUGGACACUUGAUUUCAAGGACGAUGAGGGUAAUCUCACAGCUGCGAUGGCGAAGUUGGCGCUUGAGCACAAAAAUGACCGGGCAAAUAUGCCUAUGUCUUUGAAUGAGGCGCAGGAAUAUAGAGUUGAGGCUUUGGAGGAGUUGAAUCAGUUUAUGCGGUACCAGCAUGUUGCUUUCGAAUCUAAUAUACUCAUGCUGUAG